AAAAAAAUUAAAAAAAAUUAAAGAAAUACGUGGCGAACACUUCUCAAUUCUCACUCUGUAGUUUCGUCAUCAAAUCCCAAAAUUGAUCGAAACCCUAACUAGAUUAGAAAAAUUGCAGAACGAAGAAAUUUAUUUUAUCCGCGAAGAAUUCAAGGGAGAGAAACUCUGGGUGAAAAAAAUGGAGGAAAUUACAGAUGGACUGAACAGCGUUAGCAUCGAUAAUGACUCCCAAAAGAAGAAUCGAAUUCAAGUUUCCAAUACUAAAAAGCCUCUGUUUUUCUAUGUCAACCUCGCCAAGAGGUACAUGCAGCAACACAAUGAGGUUGAACUUUCGGCGCUCGGGAUGGCGAUUGCAACAGUUGUCUCAGUUGCUGAAAUAUUGAAAAACAAUGGGCUUGCUGUUGAAAAGAGUGAGUUACUUUUUGUAAUACACAAUAGUAUAUUAGAGAGUGAUUAUUUUAGCUUUUCUCCUUGAUGGGUGUGGCAAAGGGAUUUUGUGGCUUAGUGAGAAUCUUUGCAGGAAUUAUGACAUCUACUGUGGAAAUAAAGGAUGAUUCUAGAGGAAGACCUGUCCAAAAGGCCAAGAUUGAGAUAGUAUUGGGAAAAUCUGCAAAGUUUGAUGAAUUGAUGGCUGCUGCCCAAGCAGAAAAGGAGGCACAGUCUGGAGAUGCUGAAAAUUAGAGCUGAAGGAAGGAGAACACCUGGAGUUCCUCGCUUUCUGUCUUUUUUAUUCUAGAGAUUUUUUUUGCAAGCUUAACAUUUUAUAGAACUAUAAGCAAUCUAGCUAGACUUUUUUUGAUUCUCUUGUUUCAAGCUUACACCACUUCAUUUAGCAUCCACAAUUGUUUUUGUAGAGAACGAUAGUUGGAUUGGUGUUUCUGCCCGUAAAUUCUAAAUUGUUGUAGUCCAAUUUGUGUACAAACUAUAAUGGGCUAAGAUCUAAUGCUUUCAUUACAUUGACGCACUAUCUAACUUGUAUAUCAUAUGAUACCUGUGUUUUACUUUCUUGCAUCAACAGGUUUCAUGCAAUGUCUUAAGAUGUUACUCAUCUUCCACCCAGUGUGUUUUUUUAGGGAUUUCCUCAUGUUCUUUUCUAAAUUAUGUCGCCGGAGUUUUGCAUUCUAUCACUAACAUUGAGAAAGCAAAAAUUGAGCGUUAAAAACGAUAGAAACUGGAGAAAAG